AACUAUUUUUUAACAUUUUCUGAAGGAACAUCAGGUGUUAAAAAAUUAAAUUAAGCUAACUUCGUAGUAGUGGUAGUAGUAUCGGAUAAUACUGAUCUUUGCCCUAAUUCUUCCCAAUGGCUCCACAAUAUAAAUUCACCUAUUUAGACACCCGGGGUCUGGGUGAAAUGUGCCGUUACCUCUUCAAGUACGGUGGAAUAGACUUCGAAGACGUUAGAAUCAAAAGAGAAAACUGGCCUCAACAUAAAGACAAGACACCCUUUGGCGUUGUCCCCAUUUUGGAAUACAAUGGAAAAGUGGUAGGUCAAAGUCUUGCCAUCGCGCGAUACUUGGCCAAAAAAGUCAAACUUGUAGGAGACAAUGAUUGGGAGAGUUUGGAAAUUGAUGCAACUGCGGAUACAAUCAACGACAUCAGAAUAAAAUUAAUCCCCAUAAUAAUGGAACAAGACACAACAAAGAAACAAGCUCUCCUUGAAACGCUCAAAAAGGAUACGUUUGGUUACUAUCUGCCGCGUUUGGAAGCGGGUGCUCAAAAAAACAACGGCUAUUUAGUACUGGGACGGUUGACGUGGGCUGAUUUCUAUUUUUCUACGGUUUCUACGAUGUUUGACAUUGUCACUGGAGAAGAUAUUUUGGGCAGUUAUCCGAAUUUGAAAGGAGUAAGAGACAAAGUUCAUGCCCUUCCGGCAAUAAAAAAAUGGAUUGAAGUGCGACCCAAGUCUGAUUUUUGAAUUGUAUUGGUACAUUAGAACUGAAUAAAUACAUCUUUGAAUAAGAGGGUUCAAUUU